AAUAUUUAAAUUAAUUUGCUGUUGACUUUAAAAUCUUUUUGUUAUGUCACUGUUGGCUUAAAUAGAGAAAAAUCAAAUCUCGUCGAAACUUGAGCUACGAAAUUGUUGUUGAUUUAGAGAAGAGAGAUUGCCAGGACUGGACAAGCGCGCCUAAAUAAAGUUUAUUAACCUUUGACAUCAAUUUUCAAUCAGCUCGACUAAACAAUUGAGCAGAGAAUUGCAAAAUUUUGAGUUUUGAGUUUUGAGUUACUUGGCAAGAAUGCAAUUUCAUCGGUGAACCAAUAAAACAGCUACACUUGUAAGUAUAAACAAUCCACGAGCUCUGUUAAAGACCCCAACGAAUACGUAUAACAAAAUAUUGAAUUUCACAAACACAUUUAAGUGCUUGUUUAACUGAAACAAAUUAAAACGGAAACAAACUGCAAGGAGUAAACAAUACAUCGAAACGAGCCAUCAUAAUCCACCCACUUCCGUAUGAACCUCUACACAUUCUGUUGUUCCGACUGGUAGGGUUUGUGCGCGGUGGUUAGCAACUGAAUCACGUUUGAUUACACCGUAUAAACAGCACACAUGUCGCACUCACAAAAGCAAAUGAAGAAAGUUGAGAAGCAAAGUUUCCGCCGUGAAGAGCGAAGACAUACAACACGAAAUGGAUUGAUUCAAAACAAUACACCUUUAAUGUCAGGUGUACAGGACACAUGUCAGAUUCGGUUCAGCAUGAUGGCAACCACAAAUUCAAAUAAUAAAAAGAAAAUUACAACUAAAACUGUAAAGUGCACAGAAACUACAGAAACCACAAAACCAACAACAUCAACAACAUCAACAACACCAACAACAUUGACAACAACAGUAACUGCAACAGAAAUAACAACAAAAUUGACUACUCGUAAAGCAGCACGACCACCUCCUAAAAAAAUGACCCGGACCGCAAUCAUGAGUGAACUAAUUAAACUAAAAUCUCAGCAAAAAUUCUUGGAAUGCAGUCAAGUGAAAUUAAACACAGAAAACUUUAAGGAUGCUGAUGACUUCGAGAGCAAGGAAACGUCAACUUCAAAAUAUUCGCUGCAAGCAGCGCGGAAUUUAAUUCAUGAGAUUGACCAAUUGAAAAGGAAACUCGACACAGAGGUCUCUAACUAUCGUAGAUCUGCUCAUCAUGAAGUGCAAGACAUUACACAGCUGGUGCAUGCCUUUAAGGAAAAUGUCCUUCAGCCGGAACGCUUCAUGGAGACAAGUAUGAAUGCAAUACGGCAACGCAUUAUUGAUAUCAACGUUGCCUUCGGACGUUUAUUGAAUAAAAAUUCAAAUGAACUAAAGUCCUUGCAAAGCGAGUGUGAACGCUUACAAACUGAUAAAAAAAUUCUAGUUGAUUACCCAAUCGAACAAGAAUAAAUUAUAAAGUUGUAAUUCACUAACUUCAAGUACUAAAAAUUCUAAUUGCAUAAAUUGCAAUAACUUAUUUUCAAUUUAUGUUUACGUAAAAAUAUAUUUAUAAAAUAAAAAAGUUUGAAAAUUU